AUGGCCGGAUUUACAGGGAGCUACACCAACCAAGUGGCCCACAUUGAAAACUGUCACCUUGAUGUGUUUGUAUCGACCAUGCGUAUCAUCGAAUGGUAUUCAAUAGCAGUCCAGUUUUUCUUGCUGUGCAUGAUGGCCGACCCUGCUAGACGGCCACCGAAGAAACCGAAAGGACCCAAGGCAAUCAAUUGGAACUCAUCGUACUAUCAGACAAGCUUCGAUCCAUGUAAGCCGUUGCGCGAAUUCAAUCCUGUCGAAUUGGUGAAGGCUCGAAAAUACGCCACCGAAAUAUUCGCCAGGUGUGGCUCGAAAUUGGUCGUCUACUUCGCUACUAAAUACGACUUCCCCGCAUUCGGUCUUGUUAAUUUAGCAAGACACGCAUGCGUAUUGCUAAACAUGGGUUACGCAUUUUAUUCGCCGUUUGAUAACAGCCUAGUGGCAUCACCAAACACAACAACGGAUGAGGCUGUUGUUCUUCUGAAAAAAUUUAUAAACGGCUUUAUGAAUCAGAAUUACUCGUUUGUCAUACGACAUCGCCAGCAAAAGUACACGGUAUUACCGUAUAUGCUAUUGCAUUUCUACGAAUGCGGCCUUCGUUGUGUUUUCAAUACGAAAAAGUUAUUUCCACUCGAUGGAGACCUCAUCAAGCUCGUAGGCUUCGUACCAAAACGCUGGGUACUAUUGACCGGACCAGGAUAUGCGACUAAACAAUAG